GCUCCCUCCCACCCAGCUGUGUUUUGCACAAGUGCUGAUCGUUGCGAUGCACACGUGAUCAGCCUGCCCUACCUGGCUCAGUCGCACCUUUUACCGCGCGAGAUGGAUCCCUACCGGAGGGACACCGGGAGGAAGCCUCACCCCGUCGACCCUGCGGACGGCGCGUCUGGACCAUCUGGAGGAGAGCUGCCACCCGGGAGUCCAAACGGAGACGCGCCUGAAGGCGGGACCCCGGCGGCCACCGGCACACAGCCGCAACACUCCGGCGGAUUCACCGUCAUCCCCCCCAAUGAGUCGACGCGUGACAAGCUCCGCAGGAUUGCUCAGAAGGAAGAGGAGGAUCUUCAGAGAUGGAAAGAGGCAAACAGAGUCACCUACGUGCACGCUGACCCAGAGAAGCUGGGUGGUGCUGCGACAUUGGCUGCAACGAGGGAGAUGCAGCAUGCAGACCUGCGUUUCUCCACAGUGCAGAAAAGGCUGAAAAAGCAAGAGUUGGACAGGAGAAGGAGACAAGAGGAAGAGGCGGAGAACCAGAGGAGGAAAGACAUACAGAGAGAGAAGGCCGAGCGCCUGGAGGAGAGGAAGCGGCAGGAGGAGCAGCGCAGGAGGGAGCAGCACGGUCCGGAUCACGCCAGGGCGACUGAGCGGUUCCUGCAGCGGUUCGAGAGGACCACCGUCCCGUGUCCCCCGGCGUCCGCCGCGAGAACCUCACGCAAGGCGGCCGUGGAGAUUAAACCGGGGGGGGCGGAGGCGAGAGGCGAGAGAGACGUCCAGCAGGAACACAGGAGGGUGAACCAAGCCUUCCUGGACGGUCUGGAGGGUCGGCGGCGGGCGACCGGGGAGCGUCCCCCCCCCGGCCCUGAGGGUUUUGGACAGCGGGCGCCGCCCGCCGCUCCGCCGGACUCGGACCACGUCGUCGCCGACUGGACGGACGAAGCCGGUCCGGGCCGUGAUCCGGCGUUGGUGAAGCUGGUGAAAAGCUUCCCGGGCUGCAGCGCCUCCGUCCUGAAGGAAUUCCUGCAAUCCUGCAACGGCGAUUACCAGCAGGCCCACGACCUCCUCGACAGCGCCAUGGAUUAAAAUGUCACGCGUGUUCACCCGGGAGACACCGUCUCUCUCUCUCUCUCUCUCUCUCUCUCUCAUUGAGUUUGACAAUACGGACAAUAUUGCGUAAACCGGCGUUUACGGUGAGGACUCGUUUUUACCCGCCUGGUUUACGCCAGGCAGCGACGUUCAAUCCAAGGCAGCGUUUGCUCCUUUCAAUCUGUUUGGGAUUAGGCCAUUAAUCAUUAAGUGUUUGCUGUCUGAAUGUCUGUCUGCGUGAACCAGUGAGUCACGUCGGGUUUUCUGCCCUGACGUUGACUUGAAUCGAGGUUCGUUUUCACCAAUUUUAGCCCGUAGGUCGUCGCCAUGACUCACAAUCUUCAGAUCGCAUUUGGGGCUCUUAAUCAAAUCAGUGUGCGGCAGAUGGAAGAAAACUCUACCCGUAUACAUGAUGCUUUUUGUUUAUCUUAUAAUCAAAGUCACAUGGGGUGUAUCUAUUGCAGGAUCCCUCAGGACGAAAAGAACAUUUAAACCCAAACGGGGUUUUCUGCAGAAAGGCUUCAAUAAACUUCCAUUAAACGGCUUCUUGUGAACUCGCAUUUUAUGCGGACGAGGUGGAGUUUCCAGGUGGCCGAGGCCCGCUCAGCUGAGAUGGUUAUCACCUGACCCGGGGCAACAAUGAACAAAGGGCGGGGCUCUCAAAAA